GGCGUCGCGUUGCGUUCACUGUCAAGCAGCAUGUAAAGAUGGCGGAGCUGCAGAUGCUGCUGGAGGAGGAAAUUCCUGCGGGACGGAGAGCUCUACUGGACAGCUUCUCCAACCUGGAGAGAGUGGCCGAGUACUGCGAGAGCAACUAUGUGCAGUCCACAGAUAAGCACCAGGCCCUGGAGGAGACGAAGAGCUACACCACCCAGUCCCUGGCCAGUGUGGCCUACCUCAUCAACACUCUGGCCAACAACGUGCUGCAGAUGCUGGACAUCCAGGCGUCGCAGCUCCGCCGCAUGGAGAGCUCCGUCAACCACAUCUCACAGACCGUCGACAUCCAUAAAGAGAAGGUGGCCAGGAGGGAGAUCGGCAUCCUGACCACCAACAAGAACACGUGUCGCUCUCAUAAGAUCAUGGCUCCGCCCAACCCCGAGCGCCCGGUGCGCUACGUCAGGAAGCCCAUCGACUACAGCGUGCUGGACGACAUCGGGCACGGAGUCAAGUGGUUGUUGAGGUUCAAGGUGAACGGCCAGCCCAACAUGAAGCUCGGACCGGGGCUGUCCCGCUCCAACCCCCCCACCCAGAAACCCCCCAGCCCCCCGAGGGCGGGGAAGGGCAUCCUGGGGAAGAACUCCCCCUACAGGACCCUGGAGCCGGUGCGCCCCCCGGUGGUGCCUAACGAUUACGUGUCCAGCCCGACCCGCCACGGCGCGGCGGCGGGUCAGCUUCCCAGCCCGGGCCGCACCGCCACCCUCAACCACCGGCCCCGGACCUACAGCGGCAGCAGUGGGGGGAGUCACCCCAGCAGCAGCAGUCGCAGCAGCAGCCGUGAAAACAGCGGCAGCGGCAGCGUGGGAAUCCCCAUCGCCGUGCCGACGCCCUCGCCACCCUCCACCUUCCCAGUGUCCCCGACCGCCGGACCGGCUAGCUCCUCCUCCACCGCUCCUAACUCCUCCCCCUCCCCCUCGCCGACCCCCUCCUCCUUCUCCUCCUCCUCCUCCACCACCACCCUCACCCAGCCCAGCGGGCCGCCGCCUCCCGGCUCGCCGUCGCAGCACGCCGACGCCUCCUCCCCCAGACCCCGCCCCCCCUCUAACCCCGCCCUCAACACGCCCGAGCGCCGGUCAGAGCCCGCCCCCCUCCUCCCCCCUGCACCGCCACCCCCUCCCGCCCUCUCCUGCUCCUCCUCCUCCUCCUGCUCCUCCUCUUCACCUCCCGAAGGUCCCAUCGUCCCUCAGUUCUUCAGCAUGAACCGGCCCCAGCCUCGGCAGCAGACCCCCCAGGUGGGGGGGUCCCUGCCGUACCGCCGGCCCCCCUCCGUCACCGGCCAGCCGAUCGCAGCGCCGGGCCAGGCGAACGGCGGCCCGUUUUACGCCCAGAGCCCAGCCUCCCCCCCGCCCCCCUCGCUGCUGCAGUUCACCCCCCAGCUGCCCCUCAUGGGCUUCGUGGCUCGCGUCCAGGAGUCCAUUUCAGACGCUCCGCCUCCUCCUGCCCCCUCUCACCCGGCCCCCGAGGGCCAGGAGGAGGACCCGGUGUCUCCUCAGCCGGCGGAGGAGGACUCGGCCGUGGUGGAGUACAGCGACCCGUACGCCGAGGAGGACCCCCCCUGGGCCCCCCGCAGCUACCUGGAGAAAGUGGUGGCCAUCUACGACUACACCGCAGACAAGGAGGACGAGCUGUCGUUCCAGGAGGGGGCGAUCAUCUACGUCAUCAAGAAGAACGAGGACGGCUGGUUCGAGGGCGUGAUGAACGCCACCACCGGCCUCUUCCCCGGGAACUACGUGGAGUCCAUCAUGCACUACGCCGACUGAGCACCGCCACCCCGGCCCGUCGGCCUACCCACAAGGCCUUGCUCAUCAGGGUUCUUAUGAAGUUUCUUUUUUUUUUGUUAUCGUGUGAAAUCAAACGUCCUCAGAAGUCCAGAGCGAGUGAGAAGUUUGUUGUCGGUCCUCCGGGUUGGUGAAUGAACCCAGAGUCUGAGUCCAUAUCCAUCCAUGAAAACACCCCGAGGAUUCUGGGAAACAGACUACAGCUUACGUCCGUUUUAAUUCAUACAGUUGUUUUGCAGCACUUUCAGUAAAAUGUAGAAUAAAAACAGUCGGUCCUGGUUUUCUCAUCAGUGCAGACUCAGAGGUUUAGAACUUCCCGGAACCCUCCCCCCCCGCUUGUUGAAGUUCUUCUGAACAAACCAGGAACUCAGAGAAUCUGUGAAGCCUUCAGGAACCUCAGCCGUGUUUCUAAUGAAACCAGCUGAAUAGAAUCUAGGCCUGACCUCUGACCUCUGAAGAAAACCCUCCUCCCUCAACACACAACGCCCACAAGAGACAACGGGAAACUUCUGUUGCAUCUUAGGUGUCCAUUUCUACGGCGACAGAGCAACAGCACCCACUAAUGUUUCUGCCUUUGCCGUGGAAACAGACGUUGUUUUCAAAGCGUUGCCAUGGAAACGCUAAACUAAAAACUCAAAAACUGAUGCAUUUUCGCUGGAAUGAGGCCAGCGAGGUCAACGAGGCCAGAAUUUAGCGUGCUUUUAGUGGACCGACCAGACCUCUGCAGGGGAGUCCCAGGCUCGG